AUGGUGAGAACAAGGACCGAAGAUCAGGAAGAUGCUACCUCAGCACGGUUGGACAGGAUGGAAAGGAUGAUUAUGGAAAUGGCGGAAACACUACGACAACAACAACAGCAACAACAGCCACAGCUGCCACCACCACCAGUACCCCCACUUGUAGUGCAAGAUUUCCACGCUGAGGACCGCACCAUUACACUUACAAAGGAGUUUAAAAAGAUGAAACCACCAUCAUUUAAAGGAGGAAUUGAACCAAUGAAGGCUGAGGCAUGGGUGUUAGGAAUAGAAAAAUUGUUCGAAAUUUUCCCCUGUAUUGAAAUCCAAAAGGUACAGCUUGCUGCUUUUACUCUUGAAGAUGAAGCACGGAGGUGGUGGAUGCUUACAAGAACAAUGCAUCAGGGGUUGACAUGGGACAGGUUUUUGGUGCUGUUUUAUGAUAAAUAUUUUCCCCAGAGUAUGCGAGACAAGAAGGUGACUGAAUUCGAAACAUUGAGACAAGGAAAUAAAAUGGUUGCCGAAUAUGAAGCUCAAUUCGCGGAACUAGCCCGGUAUGCACCUCACAUGGUGGAUACAGAAUAUAAGAAGGCACGAAAAUUCGAAGGAGGAUUGUGGGGUGCUAUUCUGGACCGAGUUAACGUAUUGAAGUUGCCUACCUAUGUUGAUGUGUUAGAACGAGCUGUUAUAGCAGAAGGGAACAUUGCUGCUCAGACUCGAAUUUCUGAAUGGAAAGGAAAGAGGCAGAACAACCAAUGGAUCAAGGGGUCAACUACUCCACCAAACAAGAAGCAAAAUUCAGGGACUUCCAACACUACGACCUCUCCUCAAAAUUCAGCUCCUGUGUGUCUAGAGUGUGGAUGGAGGCAUCGAGAGAUUUGUCACCGAUUGUCUGGGGCAUGUUUUCGAUGUGGCAAAACGGGGCAUUUGAUAAAAGACUGUCCGCCAAAGAAUCAACAAACUGGUAAUAAGGCCGCCACAAGCUCAGCAGGGUCUACACCGGCUCCUAAUGCCAAGGCAAUUGCUAAACCCGCUAACAAUAAGGAUACUACGAGGCAAGAUAAACCUGAAGAAGAAUUGACUUAUGUGUUGUGUGUAUCUUCACCUAUGGAAAAUUCCAUGAUCUGUACUUCUGUCUAUUCUGCUUGUGAACUUCUCAUUGGGGAUAUCCGUGUAUAUGCUAAUCUAUUACCACUUGAUAUGACUUCUUUUGAUAUUAUUCUGGAGAUGGAUUGGUUGGAUGAAUAUAGUGCCACUAUCGACUGUCUGACAAAGCAAAUCCAAUUCCACCCUCCAGGGCAAUUAGAAUCUACUUUUCAGGGACAAGGAGUGACUCCUCCACCGUAUGUGAUUUCAGCGGCUAGGGCUUGUAAGUUAAUUCAGAAAGGGUGUCAAGGAUACUUAUGUAGUGUUUUGGAAGGGCCAACAAUGAAUGAGAAUAUUGGUGCGAUUCUAGUUGUCUGUGAAUUUCUGGACGUCUUUCCAGAAGAAUUACCAGGAGAAUUAGUGGACCGUGAAAUCGAAUUCACGAUUGAAGUGCUACCGGGAAUCCAACCCAUUUCUAAAACGCCGUAUCGAAUGGCACCAAUUGAAAUGAGGGAAUUGAAGACUCAGUUGCAAGACCUACUGGAUAAGGGGUUUAUCCGCCCGAGUGUUUCUCCAUGGGGUGCACCAGUUCUGUUUGUGAAAAAGAAAGACGGAACACUCCGCUUAUGUGUAGACUACCGGGAGCUUAAUAAAGUAACAAUCAAAAAUAAGUAUCCAUUACCGUGGAUCGAUGAUUUAUUUGAUCAAUUACAAGGGGCACAGGUCUUUUCCAAGAUUAAUUUACGGUCCGGAUACCACCAAUUGAAAGUUAAAGCUGAUGAUGUUGAGAAGACAGCUUUCCGAACCCGAUACGCAGCAUUUAUGGAUCUGAUGAACCGUGUCUUCAAACCUUAUCUGGAUGAGUUUGUUGUGGUCUUUAUUGACGACAUCCUUAUUUACUCCAAGAAUGCAGAGGCUCAUGAAGACCAUCGUCGCUUAAUCCUUCAAACCCUCCGAGAAAAAAAAUUGUAUGCAAAGCUAAAGAAGUGUGAAUUCUGGUUACAUGAAGUGGCAUUUCUGGGGCAUGUUAUAACUAAGGAAGGAGUCUCUGUUGAUCCAAACAAGAUUGAUGCAAUUGUGAACUGGCCGACUCCGACGAAUGUGACUGAAGUGCGUAGUUUUAUGGGGUUAGUCGGAUAUUAUCGGAGAUUUGUUCAGGAUUUUUCCAAGAUUGCUGUACCACUUACACAGUUGACUAAAAAGGGAGUUGCAUUUGAAUGGUCGGAACAGCGGGAAUCUGCUUUUCACGAAUUAAAAAUGAAGUUAACUACAGCUCUGGUCCUUGCACUACCAUCUGGUACUGAGGGAUUUGUGUUUUACAGUGAUGCUUCACAUAAGGGACUUGGUUGUGUGCUUAUGCAAAACGGAAGGGUUAUCACUUAUGCCUCUCGACAACUUAAACCUCAUGAGAAGAAUUAUCCUACGCAUGAUCUUGAACUAGCCGCUAUCCAUUAUCAUCCUGGUAAAGCUAACACGGUAGCAGACGCGCUUAGUCGGAAAAAUGUGGGAAAUUUGGCAAGUUUAUUGACAGAGGAAAAGGAGUUGAUAAGUGAGUUGAAUAAGAUGGGGGUCGACUUGGUGAUACAUAGUCAAGAAGCAACAGUGGCAACAAUGAUGGCCCAACCAACAUUACCUGAGGAGAUUAAAUUACGCCAAAUGGAGGAUGGAGCUCUAAAGAAGAUAUGUGAUGAACUGGAGACAAAACCGAAACUGGGGUUCGCUUUGACAGAUGCUGUGCUUAAAUUUCAAAAUCGAGUAUGUGUCCCUAAUGUCGUAGAACUUAAACAGAAGUUAAUGGAAGAGGCACAUGCCUCAAGAGUUUCAAUGCAUCCAGGAAGUUCUAAAAUGUACCGAGAUUUGAAACAAAAUUUUUGGUGGCCAAGCUUACCACGGACACCUCGGGGGAUGAAUUCUAUAUGGGUCAUUGUCGAUCGAUUGACAAAGUCCGCCCACUUCCUGCCUGUGAAGACCCAGUAUAAUGCAGAUAAACUUGCUGUGAUCUAUGUGAAUGAAAUUGUAAAAGCAGAGCAUCAGAAACCCGUAGGAUUAUUACAACCUCUUCCAAUCCCAGAAUGGAAAUGGGAACAUCUGACCAUGGAUUUUGUUGUAGGCUUACCGUGGACACCUCGGGGAAUGAAUUCUGUAUGGGUCAUUGUCGACCGAUUGACAAAAUCCGCCCACUUCCUGCCUGUGAAGACCCAGUAUAAUGCAGAUAAACUUGCUGUGAUCUAUGUGAAUGAAGUUGUAAGGCUUCACGGUGUUCUGGAAACCAACUUGGAGAAGAUUGUUUCAACAGUUACACCUUCAGCUAUAGCAGCUCCAGCUAUAUUUGCUAUAGCAGCUGGUAUAAGUCAGGUCUCGAGGUUCUCUUCAGGUGCACAUAGGAGACCUACUAAGACUACUUUGUAUGGCAAUUGUAGGUUAGCUGUUGAAAUCAGAGAUCUUGUUGAUCAGUUAGCUCUGGCUUCUUCUCAUAUCUAUGAUGAAUAUCUAAUUCUUCUAGUUCUCAAUGGACUCCCUGAAGAGUACAAUGCUUUCAAAACUGCUAUUCGUGCUAAAUCUGAAGUGCUUACUAUGGAUGAUUUAUGUGCUUUACUUUGUUCUGAGGCUAUAUAUGUUGAAUAA